CAGCAAUUGAAUGAAAUUUACCUUUAGUAAGUAGCACUUCACCAUAACGUUAUUGAACUAGUUUAUCUACAAAGGUGCCCGUAUCUGUAUUUCUAGAAAAAAAAAACAAUCGUGUUUCGCAAAGAUAUUUUGGACAUUCUUAUAAUAUGAAUUCAGUGCACCGAAUGGCAUCGAAAGUGAAAAAGUAGAUACACGCCAUGGAAUAACUGCAUCAACUGUGAACGAUUCUGCCCUUGUCAGCCAAUGGACUGCCGACUCGAAAACUACCAAAAUAAAUCUACUAGCAUCAGCAGAUGCGUGAAGAGUGCGAAAUGAUGAGCAGGAAUUUGAGCAACACCUGAGAGCAGCACCCGGCGCAUUGCACACUCGUAUGGAGACCAACGUUUCGCGCAUAGUGCUUACAAAUGAUUCUUCUUACAAUGCUACUAUAGUUACUAAUGCAUCUGGUUAUAAUUUGGUUGAAAGCAUUGCGAUGUGUCUUAUUUUGGGCGGGAUUAUUAUUACAACGAUCAUAGGAAACAUUUUAGUCUGCGUCUGUAUAUUUCUCGUGAGGAAACUCCGAAGACCUUGCAACUAUCUUCUAGUUAGCUUAGCUGUGAGUGACCUUUGUGUAGCUAUCUUAGUUAUGCCCAUGGCAUUAAUUUACGAGAUUAAGGGAAAGUGGAUUUUCGGAGAGAUCGCUUGCAACCUUUGGGUAAGCUUGGAUGUACUGAGUUGCACAUCCUCGAUUCUCAACCUGUGCAUGAUCUCUGUGGAUCGAUACUACGCGAUUACUAAACCGCUUGAAUACGGCGUAAAACGAACUCCGCGUAGGAUGAUCGUGUGGAUAGUACUCGUGUGGUGUUUGGCAGCGAUGAUCUCACUACCCCCUUUGCUCAUCAUUGGAAACGAACACACGCAGAAAGAAGAGGGAGGCGAGAUCAUCAACAACGUGUGUCUGGUGUCCCAGGACAUUGGUUACCAAGUGUAUGCGACCAUGUGCAGUUUCUACAUCCCGCUCACUGUAAUGAUCCUUGUCUAUUACAAGAUAUUCCGGGCGGCACGACGAAUAGUGAAUGAGGAGAGACGCGCACAAAGUCACCUGGAACCGCACUGUUACUUAGAGAUAAGCGUUAAGAAUGGAGAAGGGCCGCCACAGAAUAAGAUCUCUAGCCAAUCGCCAGCAAAUGCAUCAAAAGUCAACCAUAGGUCCAGUUCUGCCAGUACAAAUACUGUGUGUAGCCUAGAUCCCAACUUGGGCCGGUGCUACAAGUCGCGACACAGCAACGAAUCGCAAUGCCCGAUGUUGUCCUCUAUCAGCAAGCCAGUUUUGAGAAUGAAGAAUCCAAAGGCCAGCCUGCUCUCUGCAGUAGUCAAGGCAUCGCCAUCGACUAACUCUCAUCAAAAGAAGCUGCGCUUUCAGUUAGCUAAGGAACGCAAAGCCAGCACUACCUUAGGAAUUAUUAUGAGCGCCUUCAUCUUUUGUUGGCUCCCGUUUUUCGUUUUGGCGCUUAUCAGACCAUUUUUGGAUGAAACCACUAGCGUGCUGAAUACUUUAGGUAGCCUAUUCCUUUGGCUGGGCUACACCAACAGCCUAUUCAACCCGAUCAUAUACGCUACAUUGAACAGAGACUUCCGCAAACCCUUCAAGGCUAUUCUGUACUUCCGUUGCGGCAGUCUCAAUCACAUGAUGCGCGAGGACUUCUACCAUAGUCAAUACGGUGAUCCAGAGCAGCACGUUACCAGGUACCAAAUGGACUACGAUGAAGGAGUUGAAUACAUUGAGGCUGAAGGCGAAGAAAUCAAAAUGUCGGAGACUGAUGCUGCUGCACACGAAUCAUUUUUGUGAUUAUCGACUUUGACUCCGGUUGUGAACAUUUCUGCAACAAAUCCACCUGACAAGAACUAGACUUAAUUUUCUCAAGACCCAGUAUUUUUGGUGUACCUAAACCUACAAAAAUCCUAAAAAUAUUUAAACAAAUUUUAUACUUCUAAGGGUAAGACAAUCGACUUUUUUAGAGCUAAAUAUUGUAUAUAUUAAUUGAAUACACACUUCUAGUCAUAUUAUGUGA